AUGGUUUUGGCAGACUUGGGGAAGCGGAUUAAUAGUGCUGUCAACGGGGCGCUCUCUAACAGUCAGGAUGAUUAUGCCACUACAGUUGAUCAUAUGCUGAAGGCGAUUGUGACGGCGUUGUUGGAGUCAGAUGUGAAUAUCAGACUGGUUUCUAAGCUGAGGAAUAAUUUGAAAAGCAAGCUUAUAGAUUCCAAGAGUGAUGGCAGGUCAGUUUCGAACGGUCAAACCAAAAAGGUGAUUCAAAAGGCUGUCUUUGAUGAGCUGUGCGAUCUUGUGGACUGUAAAGUGGACGAACCUUUCCAGCCUAAGAAGAAGAAGUGCAACGUGAUCAUGUUUGUGGGUUUGCAGGGCUCUGGUAAGACAACAUCUUGUACUAAGCUUGCCGUUUACUACUCGAGAAGAGGAUAUAAGGUGGGCCUUAUAUGUGCGGAUACGUUCCGUGCCGGUGCCUUUGACCAAUUGAAACAGAACGCGAUCAAGGCUCACAUCCCAUUCUAUGGCUCUUAUACGGAAACCAAUCCGGUGAAAGUGGCAGCGGAGGGUGUGGCGAAGUUUAAGAAGGAAAAGUUUGAGAUCAUUAUUGUGGAUACUUCUGGUAGACACCAACAGGAACAGGCGCUGUUCCAGGAGAUGGUCGAGAUAUCGAAUGUUGUGAAGCCAAACCAAACGAUCAUGGUUCUUGACGCGUCUAUUGGUCAAGCAGCGGAGCAACAGUCGAAGGCGUUUAAGGAGUCAGCAGACUUUGGUGCUAUCAUAUUGACGAAAAUGGACGGCCACGCUAAGGGUGGUGGUGCCAUAUCGGCGGUGGCGGCAACCAACACACCGAUUAUUUUCAUCGGUACUGGUGAACACAUGCACGACUUGGAGAAAUUCUCACCGAAGUCUUUUGUAUCCAAGCUGCUGGGGAUCGGCGACAUCGAAAGUUUAUUAGAACAGUUCCAGACUGUCUCGAAUAAGGAAGAUACUAAGGCAACAAUGGAAAAUCUCCAACAGGGCAAAUUUACUUUGCUGGAUUUCAAGAAGCAGAUGCAGACAAUCAUGAAAAUGGGGCCACUAUCGAAUAUAGCACAGAUGAUCCCCGGAAUGGGAAAUAUGAUGAGCCAGGUGGGAGAGGAGGAAACUUCGAAAAAGAUGAAAAAAAUGAUUUAUGUACUAGAUUCUAUGACCAAAGAGGAACUGGAGUCCGAUGGGCGGCUGUUUAUUGACCAGCCAAGUCGCAUGGUGAGAGUGGCCGCAGGUUCAGGGACUUCUGUCUUCGAAGUGGAAAUGAUCCUAAUGCAACAACAAAUGAUGGCCAGGAUGGCACAAUCAACCAAAGCUGCUCAGCAGAGUGGAAACAUGCCUGGAAUGCCCGGAAUGCCCGGCAUGCCCGGAAUGCCAAAAAUACCUGGCAUGCCUAGAAUGACGCCACAAAUGAUGCAACAGGCGCAACAGAGAUUGAAACAAAAUCCCAGUCUGAUGAAAAAUAUGCAGAAUAUGAUGGGAGGAAGCGGUUUCCCUGGCGCAGGCGGUAUGCCGGACAUGAAUGAAAUGAUGAAGAUGAUGCAAGAUCCUCAGAUGCAACAGAUGGCCAGGCAGUUCGGCAUGGGCAUAUGA